GAAAUCUAGGGUGUCGCCGUGGUGGCUCCAUUCGAAGGCGACGGCGGUUGGUCGGUCGUCUCUGUGUUUGUCCUCUUCCAAACUUCACGAACGGACCCGGUGCAGACUGUCGGUUCGGAUCCAGCUGUCAAACGAGAUCUGUGCGGUUCGGCAUCGCUGGGAUGAAGCGGAAUAUUUUUCAUUUGAAUCAGAUCGCUGGUGUAGUUUGAAGAAAGAGAGUCGGGCGGAGGAGCCAUUUUGUCCCGACAGUGUGAGAGAAAGAAAGACAAGAGACAUUAAAAACACCAGACACCACACUUCCAGGGGAAACGCACGUCUUAAACAUCUCCUUCGGAGUUUAAAAAAAGAGUCGACAGAGGAAAUCAACGCAAUUCAGCUGUGAGGAGACUGUCCGGUGUGUGUUUUCGGAUAACACACACACGCUUUCCCUUUAACACACGCUCGGUCUCUAUCGGUUUCUCAGCAGCGUGUGUUUAUAAGAGCUCAGAUGGCGAAGAAGACCUAUGAUCUGCUCUUUAAACUGCUCUUGAUUGGUGAUUCUGGGGUGGGAAAGACCUGCGUGCUGUUCCGAUUUUCAGAUGACGCCUUCAACACCACCUUCAUCUCCACUAUAGGAAUCGAUUUUAAGAUCAAAACAGUUGAAUUGCAAGGAAAGAAGAUAAAGCUACAGAUAUGGGAUACAGCGGGGCAGGAGCGCUUUCACACCAUCACUACCUCUUACUACAGAGGGGCCAUGGGAAUCAUGCUCGUAUAUGACAUCACCAACGCCAAGAGCUUCGAAAACAUCAGCAAAUGGCUCAGAAAUAUUGAUGAGCACGCUAACGAGGAUGUGGAGAGGAUGCUGCUAGGCAACAAGUGUGACAUGGAGGACAAACGUGUUGUACCAAAAGCCAAGGGGGAACAGAUCGCGAGAGAACAUGGGAUUCGCUUCUUCGAGACGAGCGCAAAAGCCAACAUCAACAUCGAAAAGGCGUUCCUCACGUUAGCAGAAGACAUUCUCAGAAAGACGCCCGUAAAAGAGCCCAACAGUGAAAACGUGGACAUCAGCACUGGCGGUGGAGUCACAGGAUGGAAGACCAAGUGCUGCAGUUGAACAGACACACAGUUACUCACACACUUUACACACACACACACACACACACACAAUCUGUUCUUCUGUAUCCCUCCCUCUCUCUCUCUCUCUCUCUCUCUCUCUCUCUCUCUCUAUCUUUUAUUCACUCAUCUCUUAUUUCUGUCUAACACUCUUCCGUUCUGUCCUUCUCACGGAUUCUCCGUAAAAACACAUCUCUAACGUUUCUCACACUCACGACUGCUUGCUGACAUCAUUUUUAUUUCUGAAAAAAAAAAAAAAAGCAAAAACAAAUGUAAAGAGAAAGUCAUUUCAUGUUUCUUCUUAUUUUAAAGUUUAAAAAAAGAAAGAAAGAAAUGAAUUUAAACAAAAAAGCGCAUUCACCACUACAUAGAGACCGUCAGUGGACCUGGAGACGCUGUCCGUCGGCACAGAGGAGCGGCAUAGCGUUUUAGACGAGACUUUUGUCCAGUGUUUUGGGGUUAGUGUUGUGUGUUAGUGUGAGAGAUCUUCUCUAGCUGGGUUUUUUUGUUCUUUGAUUUGAUUUCUUUCGUCCGGUGCCUUAAUGUAGAGCCUUAGAGCUCAUCCCCCCCAAACACACACAUUUAAACAUCACUUUUCUGUAACAGUUACACACACACACACACACACACACUGGUCCUCUCCUCUCUGCUUGACCCGCUAACUCAACCCAACAUGCCCGAGUGGAACCAUCCGGAUUCAACCUGUUUGCUCAGAAGAGAAUGGCAUUAUAUAUAUUUUUUGUUUCGUUUUAUUUUUUAAAUUUAGUUUUCAGAAUGACAUGUUUUAUGAAUCUCCUCUGUAUGUUUUUUUUGUUUGUUUUUUUUGUUUUCCUUCACUCAGUUACUCAUUCUCUCCUGCAUGCUGGUUUCUUUGGGUUUUUUGGGGUCUUUUGUAAGUUUUGCCAUGUUUGUAAUUCACAGGAAGUAUCUCUUCUAGUCCAGACACAGUGUCAGGGAGGGGAGCGUUCUCUUUGGAAAUUCAAACGAUUUUGCAGAUCCAUUAAAAAUAAGCUUGUUUAAGUUA